GAUUGGGUUGGUUCGUCGUCGUCAAAUUGACUCGCAGUUUCGCAGUUAGUUUUAGCAUAUUGCAGUAGAAUUUUGCUAGUUACUCAACCAUUGCAGUUGUACUUUGGGAACCGCGUUCCGCAAGUAUUACAUUUGCUGUUGAAAGUGUGCAAAAAGUGUAAACAACGGCGGAGAAAUCGUUAAAUGUCUAGCGUUUGAUCGGUCAUUUCUGAUAGAUUUUAUGUGCCAUUUGCAACAGCACCAGAGCAGCAGUUAGUUUAAGGCUGGUUGGUUAGAGUACCGCGAGUACUAGCUCUUUUUUCUGCUGUACGUGAUUGCUUAAUAUCUCGUUGGCGUACUUGAUUACGAGCAACGAUUCGAAGCAUUGAAACCAUCGGGUAAUUUAGUUUGAUUCGAUAAGUGUAUAAAAGUGGUAUUUUCAACUACAAACGUAAGAACAAAGAACGGUUACAACAGCAGCAUCACCGUGUGUCACAUUUUAGCAGCGGAAUCGAUAUCGUGCGGGAAUUUGUGGUCAGCGGAGGCACGGAAACGGAGUGCGGAGUGCUGUGCUGUGCGCGGUUAACAAAACAAAAAUAUCGCAUCGUACGAUACACGAUCAGAGCGAGAAGGCUUAGAUAAAGGUGCUCACGGCAGACAAAGAGACCAUACGCCUAGCACACGCAGAUUUUGCGCGAGUGCUGUUUUUUUCUGUGUCGUUCGUACAACUAUUUGCUUCGACAGCAGUUCUCCGCGUGAUCCGGAAGCUGCUAUUACAUACCCACUGACUACUGCUAGGCGGACAAGGGUCGCGUGGUUGACGAAAAAAAAACAAGCAAAACUGUUUGGCGUUUGGCACAACUAUUGCGCGUGGAAACUUGCCCGUGAGGUCCCCAGCACCAAUCGAGAGCGAGAGAGAUAGGAAGGAAGCCCUAUAGGGAAACUCAUUGAGGUGCAAUGGAUACGGUUGAGACGGCGAACCACUUUGUGGCCUUCGGAGAAGCUUCUAGCGAAAAAGACUUGAAAACGCCUCUUUUGAGCAAAACAAUGACGUCAACACCUUCCCAGCCUAGCAGCCCGCCGCCGGCGGCGGCAGCAAUAUCGAACGGACAACUACGAUAUGCGACAAACGCAAAUAACAAUCUUACCCGCAAACAGUCGGAAUGCAACGGAAAAGCUUCCGUCGGCAGCAGCACCAGCGACGAUUGUGAAGUAGACGAAGAACGUUCCGCCCGCCAAUCGUUAAUCAUUCUUGCUGCCAUCUUUUUCACCAGUUUGUUUGCGAUGAUCUACGUAUAUGCCAUGUUCCCGAAGCUGGAAGAAUCCGAGAAGCAAUACAUUAAGGUUCCCUUUGAUAUUGAGGAUGCCAAGCAGUUGGGCCGUGUGCUGGACCGGUACAAAGAUCUGUACUACCUUGAGGUCAUGUUUGGCGUUAUUCUAGUUUACAUAUUCCUUCAAACAUUCGCCAUUCCCGGAUCGCUAUUUCUAUCGAUCCUAAGCGGCUUUCUGUACAAUUUCCCGGUCGCUCUGACGCUGGUAUGUUUCUGUUCGGCCUUGGGAGCUACCCUGUGCUACCUGCUGUCCCAGCUGGUUGGUCGUCGUGUUGUGAAGCACUACUUUCCGGAGAAGGCACGUGUGUGGUCUCACCAGGUGGACAAACACCGGGAAGACCUGCUCAGCUACAUGCUGUUCCUGCGGAUGACACCGUUUCUGCCCAAUUGGUUCAUCAAUCUGGUGGCUCCGGUGAUCGGAGUGCCGUUGUACCCGUUCGCGCUCGGGACAUUCCUCGGCGUUGCGCCGCCUUCCUUCAUUGCCAUUCAGGCGGGCAAAACGCUGUACAAAAUGACCAGCUCGAGCGAUGCCUUCAGUUGGGGUUCGAUCACGAUGCUGGCCGUGUUUUCGGUCUUUUCGCUCGUUCCGGUUAUAUUCAAGCGAUACUUUAAGGCCAAAAUCGACUAAACGCUAAGCACAGCACAGGUGAGUUUGUUUUACCGCAAGCAAAACUGGUUAAGUCACGUAAAAAAGUAGAGAGCGAAAGCCAAAAGUGAGCCCCCAUCCCCACCCCUCCUCCUAUUGGUUGGGCAGCUGGCUUAAACAACAACAACAACAACAAUUCGGAAGUAUAAUUGAGGAAUAGUAUAAUUUUAGCCAAAGAUGUGUAUAAAAAGCUACAGCAGCCGAUUAGUGUCCAAUUGCCUAGUGUAAUAUGUCUAGCUGUGUUCGACCGGAAUAAGUCGAUUGGCAGAGAAAUGGCCUUUCGGUGUAAAAAUCGGUCGGUUUAAUGAUAGUUAGUUUAGGCUGAUGUUGCGCCUCCGGGAAAAAUUCUACUUAUAAUUUGUUUUGAAUAGUUAAUAUUCACAAACUCUGAGGAAAGUGUUUUUUACGAUAUUUUGGGGUCGUUCGAAAAUGUUUAAUGAGUGUACAAACAUAGUGCGUUGUUCUUCACUAAACCCCAAUUUUUUCGUGUUCUGUACAAACAUGGUCGCUCUGGUAACUAUGCAACUAUUAAUAUGUAUUGGGAUUAGAUCCAAGUAACCUUUGAGUAGACGAACAUACAGAGCAGCUUCAAAUUUAAUUUAUUCAAUUGAGAGAACUCAAAAUUCUGAAAAAAUGUUAAUUUUUUCGAAGCUUGUGAUUCGCUUGUUCCAGUGAUUUCAGCGGAACAAAAUCGAUUAAUAAAUAAAUAGGUAUUUUCUUGGGUUAUAAUUUAGCACGUGUCAGUAAACUGUACCAUUCUUUCAGCAGAAAAAAAUCCAACCAAUUAAGGACUAAUUUCUCAUAAAAAGCUCUGAAAAGCCGGAAAAGAAGGUUGUGGAUUUUACCACGACGUCGUCCAGUCAAGUCAACGCAGGUAUUUUCGUUUCGUUUGGUUCUGUUAUGACUAUGACCGGAAGAAUGUGCCAAUUUGCUGGGCUCGAGAAUUUUGUGGUUCCGUUCCCUAUGAGUAGCUGUAGGGGGAUCCGGGGCAAGACGAGUACCCUUAACUGAGUUUUAAUUUUUGUUUUGUUGCAAAAAGCUUGACUUUUCUUUAUCUAUCCGGUGCUGAACGGUUGUUUCAUUAUAGGUACCUCUUACCUACCCAUGCAACUUUUAUUUAAAAUAUUUUCAAUAAAUUAAAAAAAAUUUAAUAAGGAAAUACCUAGUCGUUUCUUCACCGGUCUGAAACGGCUUUUUUUUGAUACGACGUGUUACGUCGUCCUGCCCCCUAGGAUACUUCUAUCUCAGAACGUAGCAGAAGCAUUGCUAUGUUGCUGUAUAAGCCCCCUAUUUAUCCCCCAUAGCCGGCUCUGGUCUGUGUGUGUGCCACGAACCAAUUUAGCCGAAGGAGAUGCUGGGCUCGGCUCGAAUGACUCGCCUAUAUUCUGUUCAUUUCGAACCCAAUAGGUUGUAUGAAUAAAACAGUUUGCUUUGCCUUUCCCGUGUAAAUCUCAUGGGAGAGUUUGCUCUAACUCUUGUUCAUACGGCCUAAAAUAUGCGUACGUGAUGGAGGCCUUAUAGUUCUGCUUUACAAGCCUAUUGAUAACUUUUUUAAACGAUCAAACCUAUAAACUACUCAAAUACCCUUAAGAGAGAGAGGGUUAAAUGGCUUUUUACACAAAACUUACCGCGGAAUGCCAUAGUUUCGACGCCUCUUCUAACGAAAUAUCCUUCUUCAUGCAACGCGUGAAGGGUACCUCGGAGAUACAGGACUUCAGCAGGCAACGCAAUCCGUAGAAAGCCCGAUCUGCAGUUACGAUUUGUCGUUUACUUUGCGACUCGUUACUAUCCUACUAAGAUAUUUGAAUUCCUCCACUACUUCAUAUCUUUCCCCGUCCAGGUCCACCUCGGCACCAACGGGUUUCACGAGUCCCACGUUCUCUACCAGCAACCCUGUACUUCGUUUUGGCUGUGUUAAUAAUAAGUCCCAAUCUCGCUGCUUCCUGUUUAAAAGGCCUAAAGGCCGUUUUCACUGGUCUACGGUUGAUUCCGAUGCUAUCGACGUCAUCUGCAAAAGCAAGAAACUUAUAGUUCCAUUCCUUUCCACGUUAGCUCUUCGUAUUGCACCUUCCAAGGCAAUGUUAAACAGCAGGUUAGAAAGUACAUUGGCGUUGUUUCAGUCCAUCCAACGGCACGAAAACGGCUGAAGUUUCAUCCGUUAUUCGGACACAUGAUUUCAACCCAUCUUACGUCGCACGAAUCAGCUUAACUAGUUUCGUCAGAAAACCAUGUUCUAGCAUUAUCUGCCACAAUUUGUUUCGUUUGACUGAAUCGUACGCCAACUUGUACUCUAAAACUUUCUGGUAUUCGCGAAACUGUGCUGACGUGGUUUCAAGGCUAUUUGGAAAGUCGCGUACAAGUAACGAGGUACAGGGUUCCUCAGGGUAUUGUGCUUGGACCGUUGCUGUUUAUUUUUCAUAUGAAUGAUGUGAAACGAAUUUUGGAGAGGGCGGAAGUUAACCUUGCUAACAAUGCGCAGAUCGGAAAUUCUUCCGUAGAACCUGCUUUCCACGUCUGUUCGGAAACACACCUGAAGGCAUCCAAAUGGGGACUCCAGCUCUCAGAUCGACUAUUCCUUGAUUGAUAGUCGACACUUUUCGGAUGUUAUCGAUGUAACGGUUUUUUCAGGAACCAAAAAUCGUCCCUGCCUGUUUCGAUGAAACGACGAGCAUUUCAAUGUGAUGAGCAAUGGAUUGAAUAACUUCUUUGAAUGGUUGAAGUGGGAAAAAAGUUAGGUCGAACGUUGCUAAAAUAAAAAAGUAUGGUCAUUACUAAACGGCUGCAGAAUGACAGGGACGUAGAACAGUGCGAAUUGACGGAGAAGUGAUUCAGUAAGUACAGGUUCUGAAAUAUCUUGGAGUGAUGAUUGACGAAAAAUUAAAUUUCAAUGAGCACAUUAAUUAUACGAUCCAUAAGGCUGCUCGAAUGUUUGGUGUGCUGUGUAGAAUCAAUCUACUCUGUCUGUCAUUGACAAAAUAAUAGAAAAGCUUAUCGUUAGUCGGAUUAUAAACUUCAUCGAUCACUAUGGCCUCAUUUACAAACUUCACUAUGGAUUCAGCCAAGGCAUAAGCACACUGUCAGCCUCCACUAACCUAGCAGAGAGUAUCUAUGACUCUUUGGACAAUCGAAAAAUAGUAGGAUCCCGGUUUAUUGACUUAAAAAAGGUUUUUGAUACCAUAGAUCAUGGACUGCUAGUUGAUAAACUGGAAGCUUAUGGAAUUAGAGGAGUCGCAAAAUCACUCAUUAAAAGCAACCUCACAAAUAGAAGCCAGUUCGUGUCUGUUGAAGACUGUAAAAAGCCACCGUUGGGAACGGUUCCUACGAGUGUGCCCCAAGGUAGUAAUCUGGGGUCAAUAUUGUUCCUAAUAUUCAUCAACGAUAUAGCCAAGCUGAACUUCCAUGGAAAAUUGCGUCUCUUUGCCGAUGAUACAAUUGUUUUCUACCAAGGAAAUGAUUGUGCUAUAAUACAGCUUCAUAUCAAACAAGGUCUUCUACUUCUCAGCGAAUUCUUUGCAAGCAACCUGCGAAAGAUGAAUCUACCAAAAACCAAAUAUACCUAUGUAAAUUUGUUCGCCCCGUCGAUGUCUCCCAGAUUAAAGUCCAAUAGUAGUCGAUGGUCAAAUUAUCGAGGAAGUACAGGAUUUCCGAUUUCUUAGUCCAACGUUAGAUAACAAAAUAAACCAAAUGAAUAUUUGGUUGCCAUUUGGGAACUUGCCAGUAAGUCAUUAUCACGAGAAAUCUGUGCGAGUGUAUCCCGGUGGGCGAUGAAUUGAGCUCGGAAUAAAAUUAAGUGACGAAACAGACGAUGAGCUCAAACCAAUAUAGCUGCCGAAUUAUAUUCGUUUGAAUAUACAUUGGGAAUCUGGAACAGGAAAACACCCAAAUUCGGCUUGUUUCACUUCACUGAUGAGCUGUUGUUGACUGGAAGAGUGUGGGACAAAACUGGAAGGGUAUCAAACGGUGACGAUGUUGCGUGUACUUGCCGUUCGAUAACGGGUUGGAAGACCCCCUCUCAGAUAAAGUCGUCCCAACCCAAUCGAAGCACCGUACGAGGUUUUUUAAAGGUACAGUUCUGCAUAGCAGAUCCUUGUCCGACCCGAUCCGGGUAGUUGGCAGUGUGAGCUAAGGACGUACACGAUCGCCUUGGCUAGGACUGCGUCAAAGCGAUGACGAAAUUGCGAGAUAUAUGAAGAUCUAAUCAGAAAAGUCCUCACUUUUUUGCUCUCUAGAAGCUCCACCUGAAUGACAUUCAGCACGGUACGAUCACUUUGCUACGAGAUUGAUUGACGUGACACUAACACAAAAUAUUUCGGCUGGUGGCACAAAGCCUUUGAGAGAUGCGUUGGGUUUUUGAUAUAACUUCCAUGCUUCUUAUAAGCGAUACCGUGGACGUUCUCCGCUGUCCUGCUGAUGGCCCUUUUAAUGGUGUUUCCAGAAUCUGCGAGGGGCUAUCACUCAGCUCUGCCUGAUUUGGCAAAUUAUCGCAUUUCCGAAAGACUGCGGGUGAAUAGCGGUGGCUUUGGGUGUGGUUAGAUGGAAGGUGAAAGAAAAAAAAUCGAAUCAAUCAAAGCAAUUAUUUAAACUAAAUACAAAGACCCUUUUCCCCGGAAGCGCAACAUCCAAUCGGCAAAGUCAGUCUAUUAGUUGUGUAAGUAGGUAACCGAUGUCGCAUUUUUAUAUAAAACAACCAGAAAAGCAAGCAAGGAAUUGGUGGAAUGUUUUUAAUCGUUCACGUGUUAACGUUCAACAAAAUUUUGUAACGUAUUCGAACUAUAAACAAAAUAUACUAUAGAUAAACGCCUCCUCUUUAAGUAGUGUUAGAUAAAAGUAUUAUUUGUCAACCGAAUAAUAUAAUAGAAUGUGACGACAUGGAAAGAGGUGUGGAGCGAUAAGUGCGAGAAAAAAAAACAGGAAUAAAGCAAACUGACCAAUAGACCUUAACCGCAAAAUGAGCAUUUUAAAGGGUUUUGCAAGCAAAAAUAUCCAGCACCUAAACGCUUUAAACGAACAUUAUCGCUGGGUACAGUAAAUUUUCGAAUAGUUGCAGCUUCAGUUUUAAAUCAUAUGCUAGAUUGUAGAUAAUUCACACUGCGAUAUGAAAUACGAGUAAACAAAAAACAAACAAAUAGCUAAGAGAAAAAAAACAACAAAUUCCAGCAGCAAGCAAAUUGAUUGGAUGAAGUGUUUAGAAUAGGACAAUCGGUGACAGAAGAACUGCCGAUUCGUCGCAUCUGAAUGUAGUCAAAUGUAAAAAAAAACACAAAACGAUUACGAAUAGCUUAUUAUGUAUGUGCAAAUAAAUAGGCAAAACAUAAUGAAAUUAAACCUAACAAAAUAAU